AACACCCCAUAAACAAACUCACUACUUUUGGAUGUAAAUGCUUUAUACUGUGAUAUGUUACUAAUAGUGUGAAUGUUGUGUCCUGUGUAAUUUACCCUGUACUCUGUUUUUAAUUGUUUAUCUACAGGUUGUCAGUGGAUAAGAGUUUUCACUUCUCUUACCUCCCGGGGUAGAAUUAUAAUCUCAUGUUGUAUUCGUCUUCCCAAUGUUGAUAUGACAAAUGCAUUGAAAGGCUGACAAUGUCAUCGCUGAUAUCAGAAUCAUUCGCAAACAGAUACCUUCACCUUGUUAAAAAAAAGUGUUCCCGUGUUCCUGCUUCUCAGUGUGUUAUUUGUCUUUGUCAGACUACAUGAAGGGUUCCCUGUCCAGCACCUGCUCUCUGAACAGUGAGAACCCCUACGCCACCAUCAAUGACCCGCUGGCUGUGGCCUGUAAACACACAGAGAGCAGCUAUGUAGAGAUGAAGAGUCCUGUCCACCACGACAUGUCCUACUGCUCCUCUGCUAUAGUCACCACCACCGCCACACACACCUCCAGCAAGAAUGUCUAUGAUGUGGAACCCAAGGUGAGUGUUCUCCAGGGCUGUAACGGUGUGGUGGUUCCCACGUACCCUCAGAACCCGUACGACCUCCCCAGGAACAGCCACAUCCCCAGCCACUACGACCUGCUGCCCCUGAGACACAGCCAGAGCUACAGCCCUACACACAGCCAGGACCACAGCCACCAGAGCCACAGCCCACCCUUGCCUGGCAGCCCUACCAGCUCCCUGCUAUAG